AUGGAGCUGCCACCAAACCUUAAAGCAGAUGAGGCAAGCCCAGAGUGGAUGAACAAAGGCGAUAACGCGUGGCAGCUCACUGCGGCCACCCUGGUCGGCCUGCAAUGCGUUCCUGGCCUAGUCAUCCUCUACGGCGGCAUGGUCAAGAAGAAAUGGGCUAUCAAUUCAGCUUUCAUGGCACUGUACGCCUUCGCUGCGGUUCUCAUCUGCUGGGUAGGUUGGGGCUACCGCAUGUCCUUCGGGGAGAAGCUGGUAGAGUUCUUGGGAAAGCCGGCGGUGGCCGUGGAUGAAAACUUUCUGCUUGGACAGCCCUUCUUGGGGUACUUCCCUACGGCCACCAUGGUGCUAUUCCAGUUUGUUUUCGCGGCGAUUACUCCGGUUUUGAUCGGAGGGGCGUUGCUUGGGAGGAUGAAUUUCGUUGCUUGGAUGAUGUUUGUGCCGCUAUGGCAUACAUUUUCGUAUACGGUGGGGGCGUUCAGCAUAUGGUGCCCGGACGGGUGGCUGGCCAAGCUUGGAGUGAUUGAUUUUGCCGGAGGUUUUGUGAUUCAUCUCUCUUCUGGUGUUGCUGGUUUUACUGCAGCACACUGGGUGGGUCCAAGAUUGGACAAGGACAGAGAGAGGUUUCCACCAAACAACAUUCUGAUGAUGCUGGCGGGCGCCGGCAUGAUUUGGAUGGGGUGGAGCGGGUUCAACGGCGGAGCUCCCUAUGCCGCCAGCAGCAUCGCCUCCUUAGCCGUCCUUAACACCCACGUGUGCACCGCCACCAGCCUGCUCACAUGGGUCAUCCUUGACUUCUUUGCCUUUGGAAAGCCCUCUGUUCUUGGAGCCGUUCAGGGGAUAAUCACUGGCUUGGUCUGCAUUACUCCUGGCGCAGGAGUAGUUCAGUGCUGGGCAGCGAUCUUGAUGGGCUUGAUUUCCGGAAGUGUCCCUUGGUACACAAUGACGGUACUCCACACCAAGGUGAAACUCUUAAGGCAGGUCGACGACACCUUCGCCGUCUUCCACACCCACGCCAUAGCCGGAGCCCUAGGCGGCAUCCUCACCGGCUUCUUCGCCGUGCCUAAGCUCAGCCGCCUCUUCUACUUAGUGCCUGACUGGGAGAAGUACAUUGGCUUGACCUAUGGACUCCAGACAGGCAGGACCUCCGCCGGACUCCGGCAAAUGGGGGCCCAGCUGGCCGGAGCUGCAUUCAUCAUAUGUCUCAACAUUGUCACUACAAGCUUGAUCUGUUUGGUCAUAAGGUUAGUUGUUCCACUUAGAUUGGGAGAGGAAGAGUUGCAGGUUGGUGAUGAAGCUGUGCAUGGAGAGGUGGCUUAUGCAUUGUGGGAUGGUGGGGAGAGAUUUGAGAAGUCCAAGCUGAAUUCUAUGUAUGAUGCUGAUGAUGAUGAGUAUCCUUUGUAA